AAAGCCUUGCCACUUGCUAAAAAUAAGAUUUCUCGUGUAUACAUGGAACUUCUCAAAAAGGAAAGAUGGCGCUACGUUUGUAAUGUGCUAAAAUGCUAAAACCAUGAAUGAAAUCUGCAUUCCAGUGAUAUGGUAUGCGUUUAGAAUAACUUGAAAGCUUAUUUUCAUUCACAAUUUUUAUGCACAGUCGAAUUUCUAAGACUUUUAAAGGUUCAAUUUACUUUGUUUUCAAACAGAUGUUCAGAUGGCACUUAAAUCACGAUAUCGAUUUGGCUAAGGAAGUUGUUUCUCUGCGACCUGCUAGCUCGAAAAAUUGGGAUAACGUUGCUGAAAAUUUGGAGGCAGCUUGGCCUAAAGAUCCAUCAAGAAAUAAAGUGAAAGGACGCUCAUGUAAAGAGCACUUCGAGGUCAUGAUGGCUCAUCACAAAGAGGAAAACCAGCAAGCUUUAAGAAAAUCAGGCACAGAGGAAGAAUAUAGCGAACUUCAACAGUUAUUGGAUGAUGUGAUAGCCUACCAACUUACUGAAAAACAAGACAAAAAAAGUGAUAAAAAGAAAGAUGUUGAAGAUAGAAAGAAGGGAUUGGCAUUUAGAGAUGCGUCCAUGAAAUCUCUCUCUAAAAAAAGCCCUUUUAAGAAUAAAGUAGACAGUGAUGAAAGUAGUGAUGAAGAACCAGGGCCAAGUAAGAAAAAAGCAAAGACAAGAACAAAGCGACCAGAUGUUUUCAGCUUCUUGCAAGAGAAAAAUGAAGCUCAGAAAGAUUACCGUGAUCGAGAACUGAAGUACAAAGAAAAUGCCUUGGAGCUAGAAAGGAGGAGGAUUGAAAUACAAGAAAAAAACAUAGCUUUGCAAAAUAAGAUGCUUUUGGCCCUCACUGAGAAGAAGGAAAACUAGCUGAUUUUAUGCUAAUGUACUUUAAUCAUGAUUUUCAAACUUAAUAAUAUAGUUGCAAAUAAUAUUUUUGAACUAUCCUUUGUCUUUGUUUGAAUGAACUUUACCUAUGUAAUAGAAUAUUGAUACUCCUUGUUGCCAAUUUUGUUUGUAAAACUU